GUGCUGGCUGAAUACGCUGCAGUGCUGUACGUGGCUGAGACAGACAAGGGGCUUUAGAAUGAUAGAGGGCUUUCUGAAGAAAGAAUUCAGAAAAGUUGAUCCAGCACUGACAACUGGAGAGCUAUGCUGGGUUUAGUAGGGUCCUUGUGGAUCCAGCUGGAUUUGGAUUUUGAUGUGGAUUUGAAUGAACUAAAGGUGGAUCUGUACAUGAACAUGUUUAAAAAGUGGAUCUAUUUGGUCUGCUGGUAGAUCUUGGCUGAUUGAAAGUCUCAGAUGAGGAAAACCCUGGAAGGUCCAGAGCAGUGAACAGGAAGUGUUGACCUCUGUCCUUCCUCCAGCUUGCCACUAUGGGAUCAUCCACCUUAGGAAAGGCAGCAACUUUUGAUGCACUCUUAAAUGAAUGCAUUCAUGCAUUUGAUGACAGCGGGAAGACGCAGGCCAACCUGCUUCCUCGCACCCUGCUGCUGAUGCAUCGCUGGUAUGUUACAUCCUCAGAACUGGCGCGAAAACUCCUGAUGAUGUACCGUGACUGCAACGAUGACAACUACAGGAGAACCAGGCUGAAGAUUUGUUAUUUAAUGAGGUACUGGAUAGUGACAUUCCCUGCAGAGUUCAAUCUGGACCUGGGUCUGAUCCGGAUAACAGAAGAGUUCAGAGAUGUUGCUGCUCAGCUCGGCUGUGAGGAGCAUUUAAAGCUCCUCGACAUCUCUACCAUUCCAUCAUACGACUGGAUGCGUAAGCUGACCCAGCGGAAGAAGCAGGCCAAGAAAGGCAAGGCCUCGCUGCUGUUUGACCACCUGGAGCCCAUGGAGCUGGCCGAGCAUCUCACUUUCCUGGAGUUCAAGUCAAUCCGAAGGAUAUCGUUCACUGAUUACCAGAGCUAUGUUAUCAACGGCUGCGUGGUGGACAACCCGACUCUUGAGCGCUCUAUUGCACUGUUCAACGGAGUCUCACAAUGGGUCCAGCUCAUGGUGCUCAGCAAGCUAACACCUCAGACCCGUGCAGAGGUUAUUACCAAAUACAUCCAUGUAGCUCAGAAACUUCUGCAGCUACAGAACUUCAACACUCUGAUGGCAGUGGUGGGGGGACUGAGCCACAGCUCCAUUUCUCGACUAAAGGAGACACACCCAUAUCUGGCUCCAGAAGUUGUUAAGAUCUGGAGCGAGAUGACAGAGCUGGUCUCUUCGAACAACAACUACUCCUGCUACCGAAAGGCCUUCUUUGACUGUCAGGGCUUUAAAAUCCCCAUCCUUGGUGUGCACCUCAAGGAUCUGAUUGCAGUGCAAGUAGUCUUUCCAGACUGGGUUGAUGACAGUAAUAAGGUGAACUUAGUGAAGAUGCAUCAGCUCUACAUGACCUUCAAUGAGUUGGUGUCGCUGCAAAGUGCAGCGGCCCAAGUGGAACCAAACAUGGACCUCAUCUAUCUUUUAACGCUUUCUUUAGAUCUUUAUUACACAGAAGAUGAGAUUUAUGAGUUGUCAUUGCUAAGGGAACCACGUAACCCCAAAUCACUGCCUACCUCUCCAACAACUCCCAACAAGCCCCUGGCCCCACUGGACUGGGCUUCUGGUGUCACCACCAAACCAGACCCUUCUGUGGUCAAUAAACACAUCAGGAAGUUGGUGGAUUCUGUAUUUAGGAAUUAUGACCAUGACCAUGAUGGCUAUAUUUCUCAAGAGGACUUUGAGAGCAUCGCUGCUAACUUUCCUUUCCUGGACUCCUUCUGUGUUUUGGACAAAGAUCAAGAUGGAUUGAUCAGUAAGGAUGAGAUGAUAGCGUAUUUCCUUCGGGCUAACCCACUGCAGUGUAAGAUGGGUCCAGGUUUCAUCCACAACUUCCAGGAGAUGACAUACCUGAAGCCCACCUUCUGUGAACAUUGUGCUGGAUUUCUCUGGGGAAUCAUCAAACAGGGCUACAAGUGCAAAGACUGUGGCGUUAACUGUCAUAAACAAUGUCGGGAGCUGCUGGUUCUGGCCUGUAGGAAGCUGAUCCGCUCCAGCUCUCUGGGCAGUGUUUCUCCAGCCAGACUGACCCACAGCUCACUGCCCAGCAGCCCCGCACUGCCCACCUGUAAAGAUGAGGACGAGGUCUUUGAGUUCCCAGCUGUAACAUCAGCAGGUCCAGCUCCGGACACUCAAUCCAUUACCCUGAUGACCGGCUCAGCCCAGAGGAUCUCUGUGCGCCUGCAGAGGGCUACCACCAGCCAGGCCACUCAGACCGAGCCCCUGUGGUCUGAACACAGCUGGGGGGCCACAGAUGGUGGCUCCCACACCUUCCCCAAAAUGAAAUACAGGGGUCACAGGAAAACAUCUAAAAAUAAAGGUUUUGCCCGCUGGGAAAACCAGAAUGAGGGGCAGCACCAGGCAGUUUCGACACGGUGCAGCAUGGACUCUCAGGAGAAGUCAGACGUCUCAGAAGAACCCUUACAGAACGGGAUUACACGCAGAGGAAAGGACAGCUGACUUGGUUGCAGUGGUGAAGGCCAGUCAUGGGGUUCCAGAAAGGCCCUAGCGGCUGGGACCAGGAAGCUCUGUCUGGGGGAUGUGCUGGGCUGCCUGAGGUCCCCCUUCUGUGACCUGGAGCUAUCAUGUCCUCUCUAGACUCAGCGCAGGUAGAGCUACAAAUGGAUGCAGUGUAACUGCACGGAGGGACAUCAUGUGCGAUCUCUGGGAGCGGUCACAAAGACUGAGGAGAGGAGCUCAGUGGUUAACGGACUAACACCCACUGUGAACCACAUCACAUCUCCAUCCUCGCCUCCUGUGCAGCGUAAUCAGCUGGGGAUCAGUGUACAUUACUAAAAUGCAAUUUGGGGUCUGUUUUGAUCCAGGAUGUACAUAACAUCACCACUUGAAGAAAUGAGAAGAAACAUUUUUUAAACUUCACAAACAUGUGGAAUUCAGCUGAGUGGAUAAAUUCUGGCCAGUUACUUUAUGUAAGCCCAAUUUAAAAUCCAGCUUGGGUACAGUAUGACAAAGUCUCCUGCUUUAUCUGAAGCAACAAACAAGUUCUUAGUGGUCACAGCCCAAGUUGGAAUGAUUGGAAAAAGCAUGAUGGAUGUGGGUGAGUGGGUAGAUAUUUGUGUGGAGUUGCAAAAAGGGAAAGUCCAAAUGAAAGUGAAUGUUAAGGGUAUGCGACGCUUCAGCCAUAUAGAAUGUUGAUGAUGGACAAUUCUGCAAAACACUGGAUUAUGUUAAAUUAUGUUUUUGAGUGUUCAUUGCCAAUGUUUUUUAAUGAUUUAUUCCUACAAUAUUUGCACCCGGCAACUACAGUGUGCUUAAUUCUCCCACCUUUUCAGAGCAACAGAACUAACCCAAAAUAAGUGAAUCAUUGUUAUAUAAAUUUAUAUAUACUGUA